GGUUCUUCGCUGCGAAACUUUGACAUGCCUCAACCACUGCGGAACUGGGGAGUCGAAGCUGAAAAUCGCUAUAUUGCCGAGCACUCUCUAUCAUACAACAGAGAUGAUGAGCGAGGCCAAGCAGCUAUGCACAUCCCACUUCUCAAUCUAGAGCAG